AACAAAGAAAAAAUCUCACUGAACUAUAAUUGGCAACACCUCAGAGCGUGGUUAGCUAGUUAGUAGUCCUGCGUGGUUUAUAUUUGUUCCUGUUACACAGCGACAAGAAUGCCAACACUGUCACUGUGUUCAGCAUACAACUGCAAAAACCGCAGCCCCAAAGCUGGUGUAGGAUUUUUUAGAUUCCCCAAAAAUGAUCCUGAAAGACGCAAACAAUGGAUUAUUAAUAUGAAGUGUAAAGGGUGGAAUCCGCAACAAAACCACCGUGUGUGCUCUGUUCACUUUGAAGACAAGUAUAUUUGCGGGAGGGACAUACGUCAACGCCUCACGCCAGACGCAGUCCCAACUAUAUUCGACUAUCCAAAAAACUUUCAAAAUAAGAGUAUUACCUGGGCAGUCAAAGAUGUUUCCCCGAAGGUGGCAUGUGAGAACAUGGAGUUCGAACUUCUACCCCUCAAGCACAUAAUAGAGAUCAAAGAAGCAUGGGAGUGGCUGGUUAUAGACAUCAGAGGGCCGCUACCCUUGACAUUAAACGGACACCAGUACGUUCUGACCUUGACAGACUUCUACUCCAAAUGGGUGGAGGCCUUCCCCCUGAGAGGUUGUAGCUCUACUGAGGUAGCACAGCAUGUAGCUGAAGUCAUCUCUCACUUUGGCUUCCCUUUUGGAAUCCUUGUUCGACUGAAGAAGAACUUUACCAGUAAGAUCAACGUUGCUUUGAAGAGUCGUCUGAAGCUGAGUGGGUUCUCUCUCUUAUACCGUCAUCGGCAAGUUGGAUCACUGGAUCUGACCACACAGACCCUGAUCAGCAGGAUGGUGUCUGAUCUUGUGAAUGACCAUCCGUACAACUGGGAUGUCUGCCUCCCUGCAAAGGUGUUCAGCCUGUGUUUCAAGGAGCACCCCAAGACCAAGCAGAGACCUUUCUCUCUGCUGUGCUGCAAAGGACCACAGCCGGUCACCACCCCCAGGGAUCUGUCUUUCAGUCCUGCAGAGCUCAGAGAGAGUUCCUUUGCAAUCCAGUCAAAUCAAGAGGGUGGGCAUGACACUGAUCCGCAAGGCAUGGUUGGCAUUGAAUCUGGGAAGGAAACGGCUGGAAAGAGCACAGUUACAAGGGUCUCCUUUUUUAGGAGCAACACCAUCAGUAACACUGACUGUAGCACCAUCAGUAACACUGACUGUAGCACCAUCAGUAACACUGACUGUAGCACCAUCAGUAACCCCAUCAGUAACACGGACGGUAACCCCAACAGUGAACCAUCCUCUGAAGAUCAGCAUGCCAUGGAAACCUGAAUAAUUUAUUGGAUGAGCGCUCUAUCAGUCAUGCUGCCAUAUUUUUGGGGAGUAGGUUAUUUUGGUUUUCUAAGGUGUGAUCAUUUUGUUGAAAAACACUUUGGUUCAAUGUUUGGCUGGUGUACUGUUUCAAGAUUGUUAACAAAUUGCUUUAUUUUGAAAUCAAAUUGUAUUUGUCAAGUGCUGAAUUCAACAGCUGUAGGGUGUACUGCGAAAUGCUUACUUACGAGCCCUUAACCAACAAUGCAGUUAAAAAGUAAGAAAAUAAGAAAGGAAACGGUAACAAUAAAAUAACAACAACCAGGCUCUAUACAAGGUGUAACAGUACCGAGUCAAUGUGUAGGGUACGAGGUAGUUGAGGUAAUAUGUAGGGGUAAAAAUGACUAGGCAAUAAAGGUAGAUCAUAAACAGUG